AUGAAGUCAGCCCUUGUUUGGCUGCCAUUGGCAAAUGUUGCCUUUGGUGCUGCCAUCAAGCGCCAUGAAUAUGGAGGUGGUUAUGGAGGAGGCUAUCCGGGUGGCUCUCCCGGUGGCCCUCCCGGUGGCUUUCCAGGCGGCUUUCCAAGCUUUCCAGGGCAUGGAGGGGGUCUCCCUAGUUGGCCUCAAGAACCAAGUGAACCUUCUGAGCCUCAAGAGCCAGGUUGGCCCACCUGGCCUAAUGACCCCUCAGAACCAAUUGAUACUCUGACACUCCCUUUUCCCCCAUUGCCGACAUAUCCUCCAAGCACUCCGGUUCCCCCCUCAACAGAAACCCCCAUUCCAACGCAGCCUACCUCUCCUACUGAAACAGACUUCCCUGAGCCAACGUUUCCUACCGGAACAGACUUCCCCGAGCCAACGUUUCCCACCGGCACAGAGACUCCAGCUCCAACGCAGCCAACCUCUCCUACUGGAACAGAGACUCCAAUCCCAACUGGCACUCCAAUUCCAACCUCUACUGGCACUGUUAAUCCUACUGAGACCACAACCUGUGAGCCUACGGAUACUCCAGUUCCUACCCAGCCAACUUCUCCUACCGGAACAGAGACUCCAAUUCCCACUCAACCAACAUCUCCAACUGGAACAGAGAUCCCAAUUCCAACUGGUACUCCAAUCCCAACCUCCACUGGCACUGUAAGCCCGACAGGGACCUCAGACACUACAACCUGUGAGCCAACGGAGACUCCAAUUCCAACACAGCCUACAGGAACUGGGACUGAAACUCCUAUCCCAACAGGGCCAACUUCUCCCACUGGAACCGAGAUUCCUAUUCCAACACUGCCAACUCCUACUGGAACGGAGAUUCCAAUUCCUACUCAGCCAACGGGCACGGGAACUGGGAUUCCUAUUCCUACUCAACCAACAGGAACAGAGACUCCUAUUCCAACACAGCCUACAGGAACCGAAAUCCCUAUUCCUACCCAACCUACGGGUACUGGAACGGAAACUCCUGUUCCUACUUGGCCGACGGGCACGGGAACUGAGAUUCCUAUUCCUACUCAACCAACAGGAACAGAGACUCCAAUUCCAACUGAGCCAACGGGUACUGAGACUCCCGUGCCUACUCAACCCACAGGCACCGAGACUCCCAUUCCAACGCAACCAACAGGAACUGAGACGCCUAUUCCUACGCAGCCAACAGGCACUGGAACUGAGACUACUAUUCCAACUGAGCCAACGGGUACUGAGACUCCCGUGCCUACUCAACCCACAGGCACCGAGACUCCCAUUCCAACGCAACCAACAGGAACUGAGACGCCUAUUCCUACGCAGCCAACAGGCACUGGAACUGAGACUACUAUUCCAACUGAGCCAACAGGCACCGAGACUCCCGUGCCAACUUACCCAACAUAUCCUACUGGAACGGAGACACCUGUCCCGACAUCAACAAUUACUCUGACAACGACUGAGACAUACACCAGCACCAGCCGCCCAGUUACUACGGAGACACACACUAGCGGAACCGAGACGUUUACCUCGACUAGGACUGAGACUAGCACUUUGACCUACACUCAUGCAACAACAACCGAGACUGUGGUUCCUGUCCCACCAUCUCCAACCGGCACUGUUGUACCUCAACCACCCCAGAGUCCACCCCCGCAGAGUCCUCCAUACCCAACUGGAACUGGUGUUCCCCCACCUCCUCCAGGGAGCACUGGAGUUCCUCCACCAGUUCCUCCACCCUCUUCAUCGGAGACUCCAGUCCCGUCUGAAACCCCGGUUCCAUCACAAUCCACUGGCACUGUUCCUCAGCCAUCUCAAAGCCAGCCACCAUCCUACCCAUCACUGCCACCCUCAUCAACUGAGACUGGCGUUCCUUCCGCACCGCCAUCAGAAACUACUACUGGUGGUACCAACCCAACGCAACAGCCAAGCCCAACAAGCCCAACUCCAGUUAUACCACCAGUAUACACUGGUAUGGCCACGCGUACUAAAGGUACUGGGGUUUCUGUCCUGAUGGUUAUCGGUGCUGCUAUGAUGUUGGCAUGA